CGCAGGGAGGGUCGGGUUGCGCAAUAUCCAGACGCUACGGCCCGUGCGGGCCAUGCCGAUUUUAAAGUCUCGACGCUAAGAACAACAUUUCAGGCUUGAAUGCAAAUAAAUAAAUAAGUAAAUGUAUAAUCGCGAUUUAUACACGUGUUGGGAGGUUUACUGGUUAGUAGACAGAGAGUCAGGAUACCAGGCAGGUGUGCGGACAGGUUCUUCCAGCUAAUCACGCAGGCAACCGAGGCUUACAGGAUGUGGUGUUUAUUCAGUUAAACUAUCCACGUAACGCAGAUAACGCAGUUUAAGGUUAAUUGAGAUUCCAGAUCACCUCUACGGUUUCUAAUUCGCGUAGUGUCCAGCUAGCAGGCUCGCGUUAGGUAACCUAGCUGGGUUAGCUGUUAUUUACGGCCCCAGUUUGUGCAGUGCAGGAGUAUUUUACUAGUUAGUCUAGCUAUUUAAAACAAUAGCUUGCAAGUGCUAGAGGUUGUAACAGUGCAUUUGGAAAGAAAACUGCAAAGAUGAGGAGUUUGAGGACUUUAAUGAACUUGAGCAAUGCCUCCGUCGGGAGGCUUGUCGACUACUAUUCCAGAUUCUCCCCGUCGCCCCUCUCAAUGAAACAGUUCUUAGACUUUGGUUCAGAAAAUGCGUGUGAGAAAACAUCGUUCAGGUUUCUUAGAGGUGAACUGCCAGUCAGGUUGGCAAACAUAAUGAAAGAGAUCAACUUGUUACCUGAUAACUUGCUGAGGACGCCUUCAGUGGGACUAGUGCAAAGUUGGUACAUGCAGAGUCUCCAAGAUAUCCUAGAGUUCAAGGACAAAGAUGCAAAUGACAAUAAAGUAACAUUUGAUUUCACAGAUGCGGUGAUAAAGAUCCGCAACAGGCACAACGAUGUGGUGCCCACUAUGGCUCAGGGAGUGGUUGAGUACAAGGAGGCCUAUGGCACCGACCCAGUCACCAGCCAGAACAUGCAGUACUUUCUGGACCGCUUCUACAUGAGCAGGAUCUCCAUACGAAUGCUCCUUAACCAGCACACUCUUCUGUUUGGGGGUAGAGUGCGGGUGAACCCAGCUCAUCCUCAACAGAUAGGCAGCAUUGACCCGCACUGCCGCGUCACAGAUGUGGUCAAAGAUGCAUAUAAAAAUGCUAGACAUUUAUGCGACCGGUACUACAUGAAUUCACCAGAAUUAAAACUUGAAGAAAUUAAUGUUAAAGAGCCUACUAAACCCAUAACAGUGGUAUAUGUGCCAUCCCAUUUGUAUCACAUGGUAUUUGAAUUAUUUAAGAAUGCAAUGCGGGCCACCAUGGAGCUGUAUGAAGACGCUAUGGACUAUCCUCCAGUUCAUGUCCAGAUUGCCCUGGGGGACGAAGACCUGACUGUAAAGGUCAGUGAUCGUGGAGGUGGGGUCCCGUUGAGGAAAAUUGACAGGUUGUUCACAUACACCUACUCCACUGCCCCUCGGCCUCAGAUGGACACAUCCCAUGCUGCCCCUCUGGCUGGUUAUGGCUACGGUUUACCCAUCUCCAGACUGUAUGCCCGCUACUUCCAGGGAGACCUGAAGCUCUACUCAAUGGAGGGCUUUGGCACCGAUGCAGUUAUAUACAUCAGAGCACUUUCUACCGAGUCCAUUGAAAGGCUCCCAGUUUAUAACAAGUCAGCAUGGAAGCACUACAAGACCAUCCAUGAGGCAGAUGACUGGUGUGUGCCGAGCAAAGAGCCCAAAGACAUGACCACCUUUCGCAGCGUUUAGAGCUCCGCCCACCCAGGGUUACAGCACUAGGGUGGAGGUGGGGCAUCAACAAACAGGGAACAUAUUGCAUAUUACUGGAGCUGUGUAUGAUCUGCAGAAAGUAUAAGCAAGAAAACAGGAUGCUGCCCUACUAAAAGAAAAAUGUUUGGUUUGCACUUCCAUUUGAACUGCUGUAUAGUAAAUUAAUUCAGGUGAUCUGCUGUUGCCAUACACCAUGGAUAGAGAUGUAGUAUGUGUUGUUUAAAUGGUUUACACUGUUCAGAUGCCUUUUGACUGUAUUGGUGUUACAGGUGGUGGCAGUAUUUAUUAGACUGCUCUAAGGUUAUAUCUCAACUGGGUUAGGACUGGAUCAUGCCAUCUGUUGUGAAAACUGUUUACUAAUAUACUUAGUAAUAUGCUCAUAAGCAUUAGAAGAUUCAGGCAGCCUGCCCCAUCUGAAAUUAAGCUGUCCAUCCAAAAUAAGCUAUGCUAGUUUUAUAGGUUACUACUUAAAUGAUAAAAAAAAAUGUUUAAUACGACAUUGUUCAGCUGUGUAGUGUGGCAUGUCACUGAGAUGUUACUCUCCAUCCACUUUAGGUGGUUUAAAGGGCCUUGUGAAUCCCAGUGGUUAAUGCCAGUUUUUACAGUGUGUUCUUAAAGACUUUAAAUAGGUUUUCAGCACAUGUGUUCUUCUGAAACGUAACAGCCUUUUGUGUGAUGUUCCAUUUUGUGCUGAACAGUUUAAUUUUUGGGGCGCUUCAGUGAAAGUAUUGAUGUAUGUUACCAUGGCGUUACCAGGGAUAAGCUCGGUCACACCCUGACACGAGCCGGUGGGAAGAAAAUGUAUUACCUUGCUGCUGUGUGCGUGAAUCUAAUCAGGAGAAAUUGUAUGAAAGUGUGAACUGUGCUUCCCAAUUCCAGUUUAAAGCUGUGGUAAUAUUACAAGACAGUGAAACUGUACAAUGGGUUGAUGUGCAUUAUGAUUUCCCAACAAAAACUUGUGGACUUUAA